UACCUUAUCUCGCACCGAAUGCUCAUUGCUCUGGAUCUGUCUUCGGGAAUCAGGAAGCUAUCUGGUAUGCAGCUGCGACCCACCCACGCAAUCUGCCACCGGAAACCAUGGAUUUAUUUGGGCUAUUAUAUCGGGUAUCACAUCUGACAGACAGUUAUAAAAGGACUGCCGGAGCUUCCUGAACUGGCCUCAAUUAGCAAUCAGCCUUCAUCAUGCUUCUCAUCCAGACAGAUAUCACUGCGAUAGAGGGAAAUGGGUGGGAAAAUUGUCGGUUCAAGAGGGGCUGUCUUCCCAACAAGAUCGGAAGUACCAAUGCCCGGUACAUUUCAUGUACGAUUAUUUGAAUGGAGGCGUGAAAUACCUUUCGCCCCCAUUCCUGAGCCUCAACCGCUACAUGAGGUCCAGAUGUUAUUCGACGGAUAGUCCAGAGGAAGGACAGUUCCAAAGAAGUGACAACGCAAUUGAGCUGUCACCUCUGCAAGCCGGCUUCCCCUGGCCCAGUGGCAUCGUUUCCUGCCGACAAACUAAACACCAGGAUAUCGUGAUGAAGGCAACAAAGGCGUUGCUCAGAGAAUACACCGUCGAUAAAACAGCACAACAAUUACGCAAGGCGGAAAGGUCGAUCGCCGACAUCGCCCGUGGAGAGCUUGCAACGGACCUUGAGCACAGCUGGGUCCGGUUUGUAAUCCAUGGAUUUUCGGAGGGGGACCGGCAGCGCAUGAAGCUCUUGGCCAACAUCAAUGUCCAUACGAUCGUGCUCGAUGACUUCUGGGAGAUGAAUCAUAUCGAAGCAUUCAACAAGAUACUGGAGAACUACGUCGACCGUAUGCGUCCGGAUUUGCAGGACCGAAAGCCACCCGUCUCCGCCCUACAGGCAGACAUCGAUCGAACCGUCGACGAAAUACUAGAGCUGGAUCGGACCUCUGGUAAUACUGCUGGCCAGGAAUUACUCGAGAACGUGGUGCGGUUUUUCACGCGACCACCGCCCCCAAGCAAGUACAAAAACAUGGAAGAGUACAUGAAGUACCGCCACGAGGACAUUGCCAUUCUAUACAUAAUCAAAUGCUGCAAAUUUAGCAUGAACUCCCCCGUCGACACCGACAGCCCCAAACUCGCGCGCUACCUCCGCCUCUUCAAGGACCACGUCCUGCUGGUCAACGACCUCGCCUCGUGGGAGAAGGAGAAGCGCGCCUACGACAAGGGCAAGGCCCAGUACCUCACUAAUGCCGUUAACGUCGUCUACGAGCUGUUCCAUCUGCCGACGUACCGCGCCGCUGUCGGGAUGACGCAGGCCCUGGUCCUCGAGCUCGAGACCGAGAUCGAUGCCGAGAUUGAUCGGCUGAUCGGAGAGAAUGCCUUCACUACGGAGGAGUGGCGCUUUGUGGAUACGACACUGAAUACGCUUGGUGGGAAUGUAUUCUGCUCGAUGGUUAUGGAGAGGUAUGGGGGUGCGAAGGCUAGACUUCCUUAGCCGUGGAUGAGGAUCUGGCUGGCUGGAUUGUUUGCGGGAUAGACCAUGAUUGGGCGUUCGUGUUUGUGUAUUGGUAUUCGUGC